CGACUUGCGCAGGCGUCGCGACGACGCGGACCGCGACGACGCGGACCGCAGCGAGAGCGACUUGUCGCUGCCGCCGCCGUCGCUGGAGUGGCGGCGCGGGAGGAGCUUGCGCGCGGUCACCGCGGUGCGGACGGCGCCCCAGUUGCUACCGCUGCCGGGCUUCUUCAUCGCGGCUGGGUGAUGCGCGGCGGUGAUUUUUAAGAUGCCGGUUGACUGCCUCCGCGGGGUGGCGCCGUCGGUGGUCGUCGUCGACGACGCGCGGGGGGACGCGUCCGCGCUCGGCGUCGAGGUCGUCGCGGACGCGGCCCCGGCGGGGGUGGCGGUGUCGUCCGCCAUGGCGCCGAGGCGGGGGAGCGGGCGCCAGUGGAUGUCAAAUCUCGCGCGAGACGAGAUUUUCCUCGAGAAGAUUUAUUUCUCGCUUUCGUGGGAAAAGUUCGCGAGCGUCGUAGCUUUUGGUCACUCUCCCCGGCGCCGCGUCGACGGCUUCACUCGGCGAUCAUGCCGAGGCCGAGGAAAGAUAAAUAUGGUAUGUCAUUCGUCGAGUGGUGCAAUGAGAGCGGGCGGCGCGGGGCGAGGCUCCUCCUCGAGUGCAGGGAGAAGGACCCGAGUAAGUUCACGAAGGGGUCACACUACAAGGCGCUGUGGAAGUGCGCGGAGGAGAAGUGCCGGCACAAGUGGCGGACGAAGGUGAACAAACGCACGAGGAGCGACAGACCCACCGGAUGUCCGAAGUGCGCGAAUCAAAUACCGCGAAGCAAGUCCGACAACUUCAUCACGUGGUGCAACGCCAACGGUGAGCGCGGGAAGAGACUCCUCGAGGAGUUUUGCGACACGGAGAAAAAGCCCGAGGAGCUUACGAAAGCGUCGCACUUCAAGGCAACGUGGAACUGUUCCACGUGUGCACACAAAUGGCGUGCGGUGGUGAGGGACCGCACGAGGAGUGGCAGACCCAGGGGGUGUCCAGAGUGCAACCCAGGGGCCCGCAAAAGAAAGCCGAAGCGCGACGACGUCUGAAGGUUUCGGAGACGACCGGCGCGAACGACGACGAAGCGAACGAACGAACAAACGAAGAACGCGCGCGCGACGCGACAACAUGAC